UCGUGUCAGCGGUGUGAAUGGGUAGUUGUAGGUGUGACAGGCUCUGCCAGGGACUGGAGUAAUUUAAACGUUGCUGAUUUAACACUAUCAAUAAGAGAGAUGUCUCCCGAUGAGUUGGUUUACUUAGGAAUCCUCGCUGCCUCCAUCCCUGUUGGGUUCCUCUUCCGUUACCUCAGUCCUCCUGUGAAGCAGGGGGCAGCUCUUCUUCUGGGCCUCUCUGUCGCCAUCGUCACCUGUCAGAUCCACACGCUCCACUCUCUGGUGACGGUGAUUGGAACAUGGUUUAUUAUAAAGAUCAGCUGGCGGCAUGCCCCAGCAUUGAGUCUCGGCUGGAGCUUCCUCUACCUCCUAUUCUUCCGGCUGGUCACUUGGUUCGGUCUGCCAGCACCGACACCUUUCGCCAACGCCAUCCAGCUGCUUCUCACUCUGAAGAUGGUGAGUUUAGCAAACGAGGUGAACUGCUUCCACAUGGAGAAGAAGAAGGACGUGAGCUCCUUUGCCAAGUCUCCUGUCAUCGGUGGUCUGUCUCAGGUGCCCUCCCUCUACGAUAUGCUGUCCUAUAGCUACUGCUAUGCCGGUAUAAUGACGGGCCCGUUUUUCCGCUUCCAAACGUACGUUGACUGGCUGCAGCAACCGAGCCCGCAGACCCUGCCCGGCUGGGGGCCGUGCCUGCAGCGCCUGAAGCUCGUUCCUCUCUACGGCGCUCUGUUCAUCGCCGUCGACUCCGUCUUCCCACUCGCCUACGUUCGCUCAGACGAGUUCCUGGAUGACAACUUUUUCUUUAGGUAUUUCUACAUGAUAGCAGUGUUCUUCGUGUUCAGGAUGCGUUUCUAUGCAGCGUGGUGCGGAGCUGAGGCUGGUUUUAUCACUGCAGGUCUGGGCUGCUAUCCAGAAAAAGCGCUGUCCAAACCUGGAGGAGGACCCACUGUCAACUACAGUCCUGACCCCAGCGCUGACGAGACGUAUGACUUCAAAACCAUCCAGAACAUCGACUGCUACAACACGGACUUCUGUGUGAAGGUCCGCCACGGCAUGCGUUACUGGAACAUGACGGUGCAGUGGUGGCUGCAUCACUACAUCUACCCCAACGCCCCCUUCAGGGCCUACGCCCUCAGGGCCGGCUGGACCAUGUUCAUCAGCGCAUACUGGCAUGGACUUCAUGUGGGCUACUAUCUCUCCUUCCUCACCAUCCCUCUCUGCAUCGCAGCCGAGUCGGCCAUGGAGUCGUCGGUCCGAGCUAGACUGGGUCCGUCUGGUCAGAACAUCUUCGACUGGGUUCACUGGUUCUUGAAGAUGAGGUCGUACGACUACAUGUGCAUGGGCUUCGUGCUGCUCAAGGCCUCUGACACCAUCCACUACUGGACAUCCAUCUACUUCAGCAUGCACAUCAUCGCCAUCGCCUGUAUCAUCCUCGGCAGGGUACUGAAGGGAGGGAAAAAGGAAGGAAGGAGAGUUGAAAAAGAGGACAAAAAAGAGGGAGAGAAGACUGAAAAUGUAACAACGGGAGGGAAAACAGACUAAAUGGAGGUACAGAAAAAACAGGUUGGAUAUUUUUUGAGACAUGACAAAGGGUCACUGUAGGAUUUACCAACAUCCAAAAUGUAUCAACACUCAUCUUACAAGCAACAAACCUCAAACAAAAAUGUCAUAGAAAAUCUAGUAGAUUAGACGAGAGUGUGACAAGUUAGAACUGGUCGAAUACUUAUUAUGUAAAUAUAAGUACUGUGAAUACUGGGAGAGGAAUGUUUGAGCUCAAUUAAUGUUACUUUUGUAGUGUGAGUGGUAACCGGGGUGUGGAAAGUUUAUUCACUACUCAUCCUAGCGCCUGUCUGUACAGUAAAUGUGCUUUUGUUUCACAAUACCAUUCAGAGUUUAAGUGAACUGUAAUGCUGGUCAAAAUAGGGGUUGUUGAAAUGGCAAUAUGCUGUUUUAAAAACAUUCAGUAGGGCGAAGCAAACAAUAACCAAACAAGCCUCGUAAGGUCGUAUAAAUAUUUAAAAGAGGAGAGAUUAAAUGUAAUUAAACGUAGUUUCCAUAA